AUGCCCCACUUCCCUGCUGCUUCAGGUUUCCCGUGCGCGGUAAAACAGGAGUUAACUUAUUUAACCGUUGGGUUCGGGUUUUCCUUCCUUGUCCUUUGUCAGAGCGAAAGUGAAAGUACGUGCAGAUCUGUUGCCGGAGCCAGCCGGGGCAGGGUUCGCUUCCCGGCAGAAUUCGCAGGUUUGGAGGCUGCUGCACUGCGGGGCAGGAUGGCGGAGGGGCUGUUGCGCUGUGGGACAGUGGUGCUGUGCGGGACACUGGCGCUGUGUGGGACACUGGCGCUGUGUGAAACCCGGCCGGCUUUGGCAGCAGGGACAGUUGAAUUUCCCACACCAGUGCCUCCAUCUCGCAGAGUGGAUAUUGCUUUGCUCUGCUCCUAUGUGGGAGAAGAUGUCAGAGACUUACAGCUUGCCUUUGGCAGCUCAUCCUCUGAGCAUUCUGCUACUUUGGUGCUGAGGGGCAUCAGCGUCAGAGAUGAUGGAAACUUGGAUGAUGUAACUGAGUACAAAGUCUCACAGGAAGAUUCUGGCUCCCCUUCUUCUAUUGUCUUUGAAGCCUCAGUCCAGCCAGUGUCCAUCCCACAUGCAGAGUCCCUGCUGCAUGCAGACUGUGAUGGGGAGGAGGUGAAUUGCGAGAUCUCGCCAUACAGCUCCCAGCAGGCUAGUGAAGGAACAUGCCAUACCUCCUGGUUCAUGGUCACCCUGCAGCUCUCUGGCAGGAUCAGCAUUGCCCUGAUACUCAGAGCACCCCACUGUGACAACCAGCAGGAGGAGAAGGAGCACUAUGCAAUGCUGCACCCAGUGUUGAGGAUUCCUGUGAGCAAGGAGGGGACACUGCUGACCACAGGUGACUCCUGAUUGUUUCAGUCGUCGUCACAAAACACUUCCCUGCGUGCACAUCUUGGCAGCUCAGUCACCCUCGAUUGCCACUUUGCCUUGGCUCCCAGCUCCCCUCUGUCCUCCCUGGGGUGGAGGAAACACCACCGAGGCAGUGGACAAAGCCUUUUCUGGUACCAGGUGGGGAGCCCAGGUCCAGCAGUGCAGCCAAAAGUCCACGUGGAUGUGGUGGAGCUGCUGGGGAGUGGAGAUGCAUCACUUAGCCUGCAAGAAGUGAGUGUGGGAGAUGAGGGGAUGUACAUCUGUUCUGUGUCCACCCUGCUGCACCAGGCCCAGCACAUCAUCCAGCUGCAAGUGGUCGAGCCUCCAAGAGUUAAUGUCAUUCCAGCAGUGGUGUCAUUUGACAGAGAUGUGACAACUACUCUGACCUGCAUCAUUGCUGGCUAUUACCCCCUGGAUGUCUCAGUGAGAUGGACACAGAAGAUUUCUGAAAAUGAUCAUGUGGAAAUCCCUCUCUCAAGCACAGCUUUCUCUAGCCACUGUCAAAAUCAAGAUGGCACCUACAGCAUCACCUCUUACCUCAGCAUCAGCUCAGAUACAGCACAGGCACCAGCCACCUACAGCUGCCAUGUUUCACACGUGGCUCUGGCAAAGCCCAUCUCUGUGAGCAGCCAUCUUAAGGCACCAGAGAAAGAAGGACCAGAAGAACUCUUGGGGUGUUUCAUUGCUACUGUCAUUUUUGUCAUUGUCCUCUUCAUUGUGCUCAGGAGAAGAGCAGCUAAACCAAAGUCUGACCGACUUCUAAGGAAUUCAAAAUAG